ACCACGUUCACGGGCCCUUUCUUAAUCGCAGCGUUCGCAUUCAAAUCCGAGAUCUAAUCAUUCCUACCUCCCCCCCACUUUACCCUCUUCACCAGCGACACCCUCCCUCCGACUUGCGAUGCCUAAAACACUCUCCGGCGACAUGGGCACUCAGAUCGUCUGGACCCUGCCCUCCUCUCCCUCUUCACAUCCUCAUUCACCCGCCCAGUCCCCUCGCCACAGUAAAAAGAAACCCCCGACGCAUAUCCCGCGCCCGCCCAACGCCUUCAUUCUCUUCCGCUCGUCUUUUAUCAAAUCGCAGCAUGUCUCUACCGAUGUCGAAACGAACCACUCGACCUUGUCCAAGAUCAUCGGGAUGACAUGGCAGGGACUCCCGGAGGGCGAGAGGCAGGUAUGGCACGACAAGGCGCGUGCGGCGCUCGACGAGCACAGGCGGCGGUUCCCUGGAUAUGCGUUCCGGCCCGGUAAAGAAGGCGGAGAGACUAGAAACAAAGGACGGAGGAAGGUACGGGAGGUUGAACCAAAGGAUACGAAGAGGUGCGCCAAGAUUGCGGAGUUGCUUGUGGAAGGAUUGAAGGGCGCGCAGCUGGACGAGGCGAUCAAGGAGUUUGACAAGACGCACGUCCCCGAGAUUAUCACGCGAUUCGAGGCGCCGAUUACGGAGAGUGCAUUUAGGCAGGAAAAGGGCAAGGAGGAGAGGCGGAGAAAGACGUCUUCCGUGAAACGCGAGCGUUCGACUCCCCCUCCUCCCCCUCCUCUCGUUCUUGAGCCGGCUGCACCUAUCGUGCCUUCUGAGCCUGAAGCACCGGUCGUAGAUCUCGACACGGUAUUCCUCAACUCGCUCUGCACCGAUGUACCGUACUAUCCCGAGUCUCCCAAUUCGUACGACUGCUUCUCUCCCGGCUCCCAGUCCGACUUUUCUUCCUUCCUCUACCCUUCUCCCGCCGAAACCUAUCCUUACGACUACACCCCCUGCACUUCUCCCAUCGAGUACGGUUCCCCGGCUUCCUUCUUCCCGGAGCCCAGUCCCGUAGCAGUCGAUAACACCAUCGACUACUAUCUCUCGACAAAUCUCCCGAACGAGUAUCUCACCGACCUUAUGGAUUUUAGUUUCCCGCAACCCGGAAUUGCACAAUGGGAAGGCUUCUCGCUGGCGUAGAGUUCUUUAUCAUUAUUAUUCAUUCUUUCAUUGUAAGGUAUGCCCCAAGCGGAACCAGGGACACCAAGUGGCGUCCGGCAUCGUGUUUAUGGGCGUGUAGAGGCGGGGUCUCCAAAAUGGCACCCUCCCGCUACUGCUGAUAGCAAGCCGACUUCUACGUGGUGUUAAGGAAUCUGCUUGAGGCAUACCUUACAUAUACUUCCUUGUCCUUUCCCUCCCCCCUCAUUCCCCUAUCCCUGUCAUUUAUUCCUACUUUCUUGGUUAUUUCUAUCCCCUCAUUGUAACACACACGGAGAGACUCUGUGUUGUACCGGAUGUUCAUGUAUUUAGUACAAGAGACGAUUCACGAACGACCGAAUGAAAAUAAAUUGAAAUUAAAAAAA